AUGCGUUUCUCAACCUCUUCGAUCCUUGCCGCAGUCCUCUGCACCACUGCUGUCACUGCUCAAGUCGCUGGUCUCAACAAGUUGACCGCCGACGUCACCAAGUUCCUUGGGGAUCUCACCUCAGCGAACAUCGUUGCUGCCUCUGGAGAUCUCCUCAUUGUCGUCAAUGACGUCAAAGUUCUUGGUCAAGGUGCGGGCGGCCUUGGCAGCAUUGGCGCUGGAACCACUCCCGCCGUUGGCACUGCUUUCGUCAACCAGGUCGUCAACACUGUCUGCCCUGCCCUCGUGAAUCUUGAGAACAGCAUCCCGGACCUGCCAUUCCCGGUGAACCUGCUUACCGCCACGGCAACCGGUGCCGUAAGGGCUAUCAUCAACACCAUCCUUGCCUCUCUCAGGGCACUCCCGACUCCUGUCGAUACCACCCCUGCUGUCACCUGCUUGAACGCCGUUGUCAGCAGCGCCACCAAGAGAGACACUGUUGAGCCCAUCCCCGUUGCUUUUGCUGCAUAA